AUGGAAAAAGUUUUCAAUGCCCUGAGAUGCCCUGAUGAGGAUAGGGUCACUUUUGCUACAUUUAUGCUGCUGGGAGAAGCGAAUAUUUGGUGGAAUAUGGAAAGAGGAAAGAUGGGACAGAACGCUACAUCUUUGACUUGGAAAGGAUUUAAGGAGCUUUUCUAUGACAAGUAUAUUUCCCAAAGCGUGAGACGGCAGAAAUUUCGAGAGUUUAACCGGUUAGAGCAGGAGAAUAUGACGGUCACAGAGUAUGCUGCAAAAUUUGAAGAACUAGCCAGGCCCAAGAAACAAACUAUUGUGAAUGAUAAAACUCAGCGCAAGGAUACUGUAAAAUGCUAUAGAUGUGGCGGACCCCAUUAUCAGAGCGAGUGCAACUGGUUCAAUGGGAAUUGCUUUUCGUGUGGCCAGCAGGGCCGCAAGGCAAACACCUGUCCUAAUCGCAGUGAGCAACAGGCUCGACAGACGCCUCAGCCUAUUCCGAGAGCUCCAGCAAAUCAAGUAUCUCAGAGUGAACAACAACGAGGAGGACAACAGAGGUCUAGAACUCAGGGGCGAGUCUAUGCUCUUACGCAACAGGAUGCCAAUGCCUCUAACACUGUGGUGACAGGUACGAUUAAAGUCUCAUCCACCAAUGCAUAUGUUUUGAUUGAUCCUGGAGCUAGUCAUUCUUUCGUAUCUGUCGAUUUCGUUAGAAGAAAUAAUACAAUGAUUUCUAUGCCAUUAGAAAUUGAACUUUGUGUUUCCACCCCUAGUGGAGAUGUAAUCUUAGUUAACUCUGUCUGCAAAGAUUGUAUCUUGAAUAUUGAAGGCAGAAAAAUGAAAGUAGAUUUACUAGUCCUAGAGAUGAAGGAUUUCGACAUGAUCCUUGGGAUGGACUGGUUGGCAACAUAUCAUACCACUGUUGACUGCUUCAAGAAAACAGUUAAAUUUCAAAUCUCUGGUCAGCCAGAGUUUACUUUUAGUGGCAACAAAAUGUUACCUCCGCCAAAAGUAAUCUCAGCCAUAUAG